AACCUUAUGAUGUUUUGACUUUUGACUUUUGAUAACAAAUAUUGAAGUUGAUAAAAUUAUGUGUUACAAAAAGUUUAUUCAUUCAUCUCGUCUAUGUUUAGAUAACAACUAAGUGUUAGAUAUUAGAAAUUUCGUAUUGAAUUAGAGAAAUCAUGGCAGAAUUUGGUCUUGAACAUCCAAGGAACUUGAUUCCUGAGCUCUGCAAACAGUUUUAUCACUUAGGAUGGGUCACUGGUACAGGAGGAGGAAUUUCUAUCAAGGAAGGUUGGUAUUGUUACAGAGACAAUAUUUACAUAGCACCUUCAGGAGUUCAGAAGGAGCGCAUGCAGCCAAAUGACCUGUUUGUUCAGACCAUUGAUGAUGUUGACUUGGAGUUACCUCCACCAGAGAAAAAAUUAAAGAAAAGUCAGUGCACGCCUUUGUUUAUGUUGGCGUAUCGGAUGCGCGACGCCGGUGCUGUCAUCCACACACACUCACCGCACGCGGUCAGGUGCACACUGCUCUAUGACAAAGAGUUUGUCAUAACACAUCAAGAGAUGAUAAAGGGCAUAAAAGACGCCUCCUUAGGCAGGUACUUGCGGUACGACGAGAAACUAGUGGUACCUAUUAUAGAGAACACGCCGUUUGAGAAGGAUUUAGCUUCUAGUCUUGACGAGGCGUUACGAAAGUACCCUGGGACCAGUGCAGUGCUGGUCAGAAGACAUGGCGUGUAUGUGUGGGGCGACACGUGGCAGCAGGCGAAAACUAUGACCGAAUGCUACGACUAUUUAUUUGAAAUGGCUGUAGAAAUGAAGAAACUGGGUCUAGAUCCCGCCUUCAAUCCUGAAUCGGUUCAAAAUGGAAAAUAAUACAUUUUACAAACUAUACUUGAAAAGCGAUUACACCGUCUACGCUUUUAUUUGCUUUAUAUAUUAAGCUAUAGACAGUCUUCCCAAAAAAAAUGUUAAUAAUAUUAUUAGUAGUAAGAAAUAAGGUGUAUACACUAAACAUAGGUAAUAAUUUUUUCGAAUUAUAUUUUUGAUUGUUGAA